CUUCCUUUCAUAUCCACCGAAUACAUCUUUCUUAUUGCAUCCUUGUGCUGGAACCGCUGCGGCCCUUCCGUUGUGAUCUUCCGUGUCCACGCCAAAAUUGUGUGGGCUACUGUGACAAAACACCUCGAUUCCAAAUAGACUGUGUACGGAAACAGGUCCUCUUGUGCAAUCUCUGCUGGCUCCUCCUCAGGAUCCAGUGAUCGUCUUGUUUACACAUACUCAAAUUCUUCCGAAAGCUUCGCAGACUUGCGACCAGUUUUUCCCCCAGGGGCAUUCCUCUCAGCGAUUGAUCGAUCUGUCUGGCCACCUCAGGGCAGCUAAUCGUCGACCAUUUCUUGUUCUCAUCCGCGGACCCACAACGCGCUCCACCCACCCACACAUCAUCGUCACCCCGGGACUAUCCUGUUCCACGAUCCACAAUGACUACUACCGACGGUUUCGGUACCCAGAGGGUAUGUCGGCUGUCCAGCCUGGAUGCUUCUCGGGCCGGCCUCUACGGCGGCCCUAAUGUAGUCCUCCCUCCCAAACAUUUGAUGGCUUCUAGCGAUUUUCAUGAUACAAACACCGCAAUGGAAUUGGACAGGCAUCACUCAGAUGUCGAAACAUCGUCGGAAGAUGGUUCCGUGCGCGUUGCGUCCCCGGUCCCUGAGCGACACCUCACUACUGCUGAUCACUUCGCUCUGGGCUUCGACAUUGACGGCGUCCUCAUUCGAGGAGGAGAGGCAAUCCCCGAAGCGGCCGCUGCCCUCAAGUACAUCAACGGCGACAACCCAUACGGGGUCAAAGUUCCUUACAUCUUCGUGACGAACGGCGGCGGCAAAACGGAAGAGGAAAGAUGCUUGGAUCUCAGCCGUCAGCUGGAGUUGGAUGUCUCCCCCGGCCAAUUCAUCUGUGGCCACACCCCAAUGCGAGAGAUGGCCGAAAGAUAUAACACCGUGCUGGUCGUUGGUGGUGAGGGUGAAAAGUGUCGUCAUGUAGCCAAAGGCUAUGGCUUCAGGGACGUGGUCACUCCCGGAGAUAUCAUCAAGACACGACACGACACUACGCCAUUUCGCAAGCUUACCGACGAAGAAUACAAGAAUUCUCGGGUCAUUGAUUUUAGCAAGACGAGAAUAGAAGCGAUUUUUGUGUUUGCCGAUAGCCGAGACUGGGCUGGCGAUCAACAGAUUAUCUUAGAUGUGCUCCUGUCUCAAGAUGGACGUCUUGGAACCAGAUCCGAGAAGUUUGACGAGGGCCCGCCUGUCUUCUUCUCCCACAACGACGUGGUAUGGUCGACCUCUCACGAACACACUCGCCUCGGCAUGGGAGCAUUGCGGGCAUCUCUCGAAGCAUUGUACAGAGUCGUCACUGGCAAGGAGCUCUCACCAAUCUCUUUCGGCAAACCGCAGAUGGGUACGUACCAAUUUGCUACCCGACUCCUGCGGCAAUGGCGAAAAGAGAGCCAUGGCAUCAACAAGCCUCCGGGCACAGUGUACUUCAUUGGAGAUACUCCUGAGUCUGAUGUCCGUGGAACAAAUGAGUUUGACAAGACCACGGACACCAAUUGGUUCUCAAUUCUUGUCAAGACCGGCGUCUACCAGGAUGGAACCGUGCCCCGCUACCAACCGAAGCAUACUUGUGCCAACGUGUUUGAAGCGGUCAAAUUCGCUAUCGACCGGGAGAUGGCCAAAGACGGCCAAACGCCACUGACUUCCGGGGCUGAUCUGGAUUCCGGUAUCGACUCGGAUUCAGCAGCCGCACGUCACUAGAUGGGAUGCUUACGCUGCCAACACCACUAUCGACGCGGCGGAAGGUACCGACAAGUACAAUCU